AUGACGCUACCUGUGUCUGAUCCAACUGCAUGGGCCACAGCAAUGAAUAAUCUUGGAAUGGCGCCUCUGGGAAUUGCUGGACAACCAAUUUUACCUGACUUUGAUCCUGCCCUUGGAAUGAUGACUGGAAUACCACCAAUAACUCCCAUGAUGCCUGGUUUGGGAAUAGUACCUCCACCAAUCCCUCCAGAUAUGCCUGUAGUAAAGGAGAUCAUACACUGCAAAAGCUGCACGCUCUUCCCUCCCAACCCAAAUCUCCCGCCACCUGCAACACGAGAAAGACCACCAGGCUGUAAGACUGUAUUUGUCGGUGGCCUGCCUGAAAAUGGGACAGAGCAGAUCAUUGUGGAAGUGUUUGAGCAGUGUGGAGAGAUCAUUGCUAUCCGGAAGAGCAAAAAGAACUUCUGUCACAUUCGCUUUGCUGAGGAGUACAUGGUGGACAAAGCCCUCUAUCUGUCUGAUUGUAUCCCCAGUGCCAUGACUCAUUCAGUGAACCUCAGGAAAACUAAGCCUAAGCCAGAGGAGGCAUGUAAGGCAUUCGAGGAUAUCUCCAAAUACUUCUCUAAGGAAGAGUGGGCAAAGCUCAGCCAUUCAGAGAAGAUCACAUAUGUGUACAUGAAAAGAAACUACACCACCAUGACUAAUCUAGGCCUCAGAGCCCAUCUCCCAGAUUUCAUGGAAUCUAAUGAACAGGCCACAAAAUCUGUGCUCAGUGAUUCUGAUGAAGUUUUCAGCCAUGAGAGUCAAGGUAAGAGAAGGCCAGUGAGCAUCUGGAGUCAUCGGUUAAGGGAAAGAAAGAAGCAAGUGAUAUAUGAAGAGAUCAGUGACCCAGAAGAUGAAAAAGAAGAAAGAGAGGAAGAACACCAUGGUGUGAAGAAGAACAUCAUUGACCUCAAGAUUAUGGGCACAACCUUAAAAUCCUAA